GGGAGACAGAGAGAGAGAGAGAGUGAGUGGACAACCCCAAACAACCGCACUGUUAGCGGACAACUAUCAAACAACGGCGGCCUGACAGGCAUUUAAAUCAACAGAUUAUCUUCACCGGUAAACAAUGUGACCAAGUGAGAAGGACACCGUGGUGAGGACUUGUCAGAAACACAUGACAACCAACUUUGGUUGUUGUGAGAGGCGCACCAUGGCAUCUCAACCGAGUGUAUACAAUGAAGAUAGGAACCUUCUACGCCUCCGAGCAUGGGAACAGAGGAACCAAGAAACAAGCCAAGCCAAAGAACUCAACUCAGAGAAUGUGCCACUCUUUGGGCAACCAUACAAGACAAACAAAGGGGAUGAGCUUUCCAAUCGAAUCCAGAGGAUGCUGGGCAGUUAUGAAGAUGUGAAUAAUCCCUAUCCCUUUGCCAUUGAGGCUUUACCCAUUCCUACUUAUCUAAGCUUCUCACAGUCAGAUCAGGGUCUGCCAAACAUGGAUAAACCAACCAAACUUCCAUUCCAUAACCAAGUCCAUUACAUGAACACCCAAAGUCAGAAACCCCCCUCUAGUACAAGUUACUCUUCUCAGCCCAUGAUGUCCACUGCCUCUUCUCCUAACCGCCAUGGACAUUCAUCCACGUUCUCAAAUGCGUCCUUGAACCACAGUGAGGGCAGUAAGCUCAGCCACUCAGCACACCAACAAAUAAAGAGUGAACCCCACUUAGAUCUCAGGGAGUGUGCCAGCCUUUCCCAGGAAAUGUCUUCUCAAUCGCCUGAUGUUAAGCCACUACCUUUCCUACGUUCCAGUGAUCACGAUAAAACUGACACGGACACUAAGGAAACCUUUGAUGGACAUCAGAUUCAAGGGUGCACAGAUCUCCCCUUGGAGUCUGUCAGCACCAUGGAUGUUUCCACAUUUAACCAAAAACAGUCCCCCAAAGAUGCAUCCCUGCCUCAAGGCAACAAGGGCAACGCACUACCAUCCCAGACCUUCCCUUCACUCCUGUCGUCUAAGCAGCCCAGCGUAGUCAUGACCCAGAAGCCAACAGCGUAUGUGCGGCCCAUGGAUGGUCAGGACCAGGUGGUCAGCGAGUCACCUGAGCUAAAGCCUUCACCAGAGCCAUAUGUACCUCUACCGGAGUUAAUCAACAAAUCUGACCUGGGCAAAACAAAGAUACUGCCUCAAUUUUUGGAGACAAGGACAAAUGAAGUCCAGUGUGUAGAGGACAUCUUAAGGGAAAUGACCCACUCAUGGCCCCCUCUCCUGACAGCUAUACACACACCUAGCACAGGUGAACCCUCCAAGUCUCCGUUCCCAGCCAAGGAAGCAGAGCAUGUUUCUUCAUGUCCAGGACAAAAGAAGUGUGAAUCAUCUCCUGCAGAUCCAUCCCAGCUCAUCCAACAGGGCUCCUCAUCUUCAUUUCAAGCGGCACAUUCCAGAGGGGUUGAGUCUGCCAGCUCCAGCGACUCAGAGAGUAGCUCAAGAUCAGAGUCGGACAGUGAAAGCACCACAGAGGAGCCACCCAAACCCCCAGUGAGCAUCUCAGUUAAAACAGAGCCUGAGGCUCCGGCGGUGAACCAUGGUGACUGGCAGUUGGGGAACUGGAUCAGGCCCAGUCAGCAGAGCUCCAGCAGUGAAGGUCAAAGUGGUCAACAGGCCUCUGAGAGCCUCGCUCACAAACCACCACCGACCACUCAAAGUCCCAAGCACUCCAGUGUAGAGGUGGUCGACCCCGCCAGGGAGUCUAAACCACAGCUUUCUUCUCACCCGAAAGAGUUCACUGAAAAACCCCAGCAGCAUUGUGAAAGCCCUCAGGACAGCUAUAACCAGCAAAGUAGCCAACCCCCCCCCUCUGCUGAUUUAAACAGCUGUAGCAGUUCCAGGAAACUUUCAUGCAAUACACACUCCUCAAAACCAACCAAGACAGGUUGCCCAGAUCACACUGAAGCAGCAAUCGGCGUGAAGUGUGAGGAAGUUGUAGCCACGCAAGACAAAGACCCCCGUUUCAAAGAUAGACCCAAGGUAAAGACGAAAACGGGACAUGGCAAGAAAAGCAAGGACAGCAGAGACACUAAAAGACUCAGUAAGAGGACUAAACACACAUCACUUGACAAGCGGAAGGCUGGAUCUGAGCCUCAACCUCAAGUCAAGCUGACACUGAAUGGUGCUUGUCCAUCAUGUAGUGUGCGAUAUCCUAACCCCUGCUCCUGCCCCACCCAAAGUCCUGUUCAGCCUGACCAGCUGUCUCCUGUCCCACCAGUUAGACUCAGUUGUAGCAAACCCAAGUCAGGGACCACCUGUCAGAAGGACGCCAAGAUUCCUCACAAAACAACCCACAAGCUCUCAGAGAAGACUGGGCAUAAAACCAAGAGUUCUCGGGACCCCCAUAGGCCUCCUAGAUCCCUGCUGGUGAAGAUUGAUCUAAGUCUACUUUUAAGAGUUCCCCAGACCUCCGGCAACCACCAGGAGAUACCCAGAAAUGCAAAAAGAUCAGCACUGGUCAUAGAGCAAGAUGACGGGGGCAGUGAUGCUUGUACAACACACAAACUCAGCAAAACCAGCAAAAAGAGUAUACCUCAAAAUGUUGAGGUAGACAAUAAAACUAUUCCCAGGAAGAAACCGAGGCUGGAAAACAAGAAUACCUCUUCAACUCAUGCUUCUCUCAAACUGGAAAGUUCCAGCAAUUCAAAAGAGGACCGGGAUCGAAAGAAGGCCAAGAAAAAUCCUGUUCCUUUGCAGCAGCCUCUGACACCCAAAGACACUGCAAAAGACUCAAAGUCACACACACGCAGUUCUGGGGAGACACAGGAGUCCAGUAAGGACGCUGUAAAGAGCAAAGACUCCUGCAAGCACAAGAAGAGCAGUGGAAAGCACACAGAGCACCCACACUUUGAAAAGCAGAAGCCCCCAAAGAGUAGCCUCGCCGUCACAUCAUCUUCACAGCCUGCUAGGGAAGCUUUGACCAACAGACCUUUGCUCAGACUUGAGGACAGGCAGUAUCCAGUGAAGCAUUACAUAAAGGAGGCAAAAAAACUGAAGCACAAAGCGGAUGCAGAAUCAGAUAAGCUCAGUAAAGCUUUCAACUACCUGGAUGCGGCCAUGUACUUUGUUGAGAGUGGCAUUGCCAUGGAAAAAGAUCCUCAGAUUUCGAUGUCUUCCUACACUAUGUUUGCAGAGACUGUGGAACUGCUCAAGUUUGUACUGAAACUUAAAAACUCAGUGGACCCCUCUGCUCCACCCUCAGAAAAGGACUUUUUAGCUUUAUGUUUGAAGUGCCAGUCUCUCCUGCAGAUGGCCAUGUUUCGCCACAAACACAAAACUGCACUCAAGUACUCAAAGACGCUCACUGAUCACUUCAAUAGCUCUGCUCAGACAACACACGAUCCCUCCGUCUUAACAUCAAAAGUCACACACACCCCGUCCCCCAGCAUACCGUCUCCAGCCAACACAUCCACCAGCUCAGGCCCCAGCUCCAACCACAGUGGCAGCGGGUUGGUUGUGGACCCUGUCAGCAGCACCGUGGCGGUUCCCCAGGCCAUUGAACAAGUGGCAUUCGCCUAUGUCAACAUCACUACACUAUUCUUGAGUGCGCAUGACGUCUGGGAGCAGGCGGAGGAGCUGGCACAAAAAGGCAGCGCUAUGCUGACAGAGCUGGACACAGUAAUGGGCCCACUGAGCCUGUCGUCAAGUAUGAGCUCUAUGGUCCAUUAUACGAGACAGGGUGUCCACUGGCUGAGGCUGGACAGCCAAAAGAAAAACAAGAAUUGCACAAUUUGAGAUUUGGAGGUAAAAGGCUCAAGCCGCUCAGCUUAUACCCCCGGACACUGAAGACAUAGCACAGCAAUCCAGCUUUCAAGGCUAAAAUCCCAACGGGUGCAAUGAUGGUGCCAGCUAUCACCCCUCCAUCUGUACAAACACAGAUGUGUUGUGUUAAAAUGUACUUUUCAUUUAAACUGAUGUGCAACAG